UUAGUGUAAACAAAGAUGGCUGACAAAAGGAAAGUGGUUUCUGAAGAAAAAUCGCAAGAAACCGACAGACAGUUCCUGGAGAGAGUUAAUGUAAAGUUUUUGAUGCAAGAUGUUAUGGGUAAAAUAAUAGCCAAUAGACCUGAUGAUCCUAUGGUAUUUCUGGCUGACUAUUUUGAAGCAUAUGAUGAACAGAGCGGAUUAAUACAGAAAGCUUUACAAACCAUACAGAUGACCCACCAUAGUCGACCUGUAUUUGAGAGUAAUGUCAGUAGAGCUUAUAAUAUCUUAAAUAAACAUAAAGUUUACAAGAGAGUUAAAGGAGUAAAUGGUGUUAUAUAUAAUGAACUAUUACAAGCUUUAUGCAGGGAGAUAGAGUCUAGUAUUGUUAGUAAAUUAAUGAAUAAGAUAGAAUGUUGUGAUUAUGAAGCUGUACCUUAUGAUGUAUUUAGAUCUGGUGUUUUUACUUGUUGUGUUUUACAAGAUUACUGUAAACUAACGGAGAAUCUGUUUCAAUCAUUAGAUUUAGAUAAAACUGGUAAAGCUGAUAAAAUAUUGUGUGAUACUGUCUUACAGCAACUUAAUACCGUCUUAAAAAAUACAAAACCCGACUCAAAUAGAAUAUUUCAAGCUAGUCAUAAAUUAGGACCAGAUAUAUUGUAUCACAGUUUAGAGAGGGCUAUGACAAAUAACAAAGGACAAACAAUGAUAACAUUAGAACAGUUUAUAUCAGAUGUCUGUGAUUCAUUCUUAUUAAAGGUUAAGCCAUUGAGAUAGUACAUAGAGAAAUUGGUUGAAGAUAUAGACACCAGUCAAAGUAUUUGUUUUAAAUAAAAUAUAUUAACCGUUUUGACACCAGCGAUGGCUCUACAAAAAAAUGUAAAAAAGACAGAUGGUUCUAAUCUAUAUUAACCUUAUUAUUGUUUUUAAAGAUAAUUAUUAAAUCUAUUGUAAACUUC